CAACGAAGUAGCUUUACAGAGCAGUGGUUUCUGCUCUUGGAGCUGAGAUUUUUGCAUUACUGCUGUUUAUGCUUUAGAGUUCUUUAAUAUGCUUAAGCAACAUAGUUCUUACCGGUUCUUAGGAUUUGAUGUCUAAACAUACAAAAUAAUCUUGAUUUGUUAACCUGGAAAUUAGUUUGUGAAUCCGUUCAUCAAGCAUGUGGCUGUGUUCUGUUUCCUGUCUGGUUUGGGGCUUUUUGUUUUACAGCCUGAAUAAAACAUCCCUAGUCUUCAAGUGGUGUGAGAAGGGGUCAGGAGAAUAUUUGUCCUGUUCCCAAAGUUAGGCCUAGAUGUAAUAAAAAAUGUUGAGUGAAUAUUUCCAUAGUGUUUGCGGGAGGGAUCACGGCUCUGCUGAAAAUCAGUGUAUCACAAAAAGGAUACAUUUUUCUUAGGGAUGUGAAGAUUGGUGUCACUGGGAGGUCUGGGGGUGGAAGCACCAGAAGAAACAUCGGGAGACAUAGAAAUGGCCAAUAUUGAUGGCACCUAGAUUUGCAGAUCAUCAGGAUUACAGCACAUCAUUGUGCAGCUUCUUAGAGGACCAUAUAGGGGAAACAAAGGACAGCCAAAGCUUUUCUCAAUCAUUGCUGGCUCCCCGCUGAUACAAAUGGCACAUCAGCCCGCGGCUGCCAACCUAGCCAGCAUCCCUUGUUCCAUCUCCCCAUCCCUUGUUGUUCCUGACUGGAGCACUUUGGGCAUCUGUGUCUGAACGCAGGACACACUGCUGGGACAAAUCCCUCUUAGUGCUUCUGGGCAGGAGAAUGGGAUGGGUUUUGUGUUACUCCGAACUCACCUUUUGCUCCUAUAAGCCCCUUUGCUGAGUUUGCUUUGUUGUUGCUGCAGUGUUGCAGCAUCUUUUGUUACUGAAAAGUACAGAUAAGCACCGUUGAUACCAAAGCAAAUGAACCGUGGAGGGAAGUGGGAAGUGCCCGGGGAGUGCCACCUGCAUGGGGUUUUUUUAAUGUUUGCAGGUCAGAUGGCAGUUGCUGCAGAUAAGUUUUCUAUGACACUGGUUCUUGUAAUUGUAUGUGGGACAUGAGGAAUGCUGUUUUUGCCUGCUCACAUAAUGAAUGACAGAUGCUUUGGCAGUGAGCCUGAUGACACUUCUUUCACUUUAUGAAAGAAAUACAUCUCCCGAUAUGGGUGGUUUCCCCAGUGCAGGAAACCCUUCACCUGUGCUGUAUUUGUUUCUUGUUGGGAAACUGUUGUAGACAUAUAGUUAAAAAAUUGGGCCUGAGUAACACUGAUUCAUCACAGAAAACAGAGACCUUGCCCUGUUCUCCGUGCCUGUGCGUCUUUAAAAUGUUUUUCUUAUAUUUAUUAGGUCUCUGUUCCUAAUUAGUACUUUUGUCUUCAGUUUUUUUGUAGUUAAACAUGAUGCUAAGUAUCGAUCUCUUUACACUUCUCACCCUUCAUGUUCUACUUGAAUACUUUCACAAGAAAAAUGGGAGCUGAAGACAGAUAGUCCUUGGACAAAGUUUUCUCCUUUGCCACAUGCCCCAUUGCAACACAGUUGAGGCAAAAUGCCAAAGCUUGCUACUGUUGCUUAAGGUGGCUCUGCAGUGCGCAGAGAUCCCUGCACGCAAAAGGUAUAGCUGCACCAGCUCUGAUCUUUUGGUGCGUGCCCUGGGAACAGUGAAAAUGUCAGAGCAUUCACGAGUGGCGAUGGUUACUGCCAAGGUUUGGGUUCUGAAGAAGCAUUUUGAAGGUUUCCCCAAAAGCAGCGACUUCGACCUGAAACACAUAGAGCUGCCAAACCUAAAGGAUGGAGAGUUGCUGCUUGAAUCAGUGUUUCUCAGUGUUGAUCCUUACAUGAGACCUUACAGUCAAAGGAACAUGAAGGAAGGGGACAUAAUGAUAGGCACACAGGUUGCCAGGAUUGUAGAAAGCAAGAAUCCUGAUUUCACAGUGGGGGUCUUUGUUGUGGCUAGAAGUGGCUGGAGAACCCAUUUCAUCUCCGAUGGGAAAGACCUAAGAGCCCUUCCUCCCAAUUGGCCAGAAUCGCUCCCCAGAUCUCUAGCUCUUGGGACGAUUGGCAUGCCAGGCCUCACUGCAUAUUUUGGUCUGCUGGAGGUCUGCAAGAUGAAGUCAGGGGAGACGGUGCUGGUUAAUGCUGCAGCUGGUGCUGUGGGCUCUGUGGUGGGACAGCUUGCUAAAAUUUGGGGUUGCAAAGUUGUUGGCUGUGCUGGCUCAGAUGACAAGGUUGCCUAUCUGAAAAAAAUAGGCUUUGAUGAAGCCUUUAAUUACAAGACUGUUGCAUCUCUGGAUGAAGCACUGCGCAAAGCCUCUCCUGAUGGCUAUGACUGUUUCUUUGACAAUGUGGGUGGAGAAUUUACCACUGUUGCUAUUAACCAGAUGAAGACAUAUGGAAGGAUUGCACUCUGUGGAGCCAUCUCUCAGUACAAUGACUCUGUGCCUCAGAAAGGGCCUUAUGUGCAGAUGCCAAUGAUCUUCAAAGAACUUCAAAUGGAAGGGUUUAUUGUGAGCAGGUGGAAUAACCGCUGGGAGGAAGGUCUGAACACAAUGCUAAAGUGGGUCAUGGAGGGAAAAGUGAAGUGCCAUGAACAAGUCACUGAAGGAUUUGAGAACAUGCCAGCAGCUUUCAUUGGAAUGUUAAAGGGAGAAAAUCUUGGAAAAGCUGUUAUAAAAGUCUGAAGGUCACAUUCCUGGGGCCUGGCGCAGGAAAAUGAUUCUGUUAAGUGCUUUUAACUCAUUGAUCGAAAUGCAUGUUUCAGUCUUUUUGCUGGACAUUUGGCGAUGAUAACUUCUGUUAAUAAUUGGGCUAAUAAGUGUAAGUAUAUGCCAGUUGAUUUGCUCUUGAAGUAGUCCCAAAGCUACACAAAAAUAUUGCCUUAAAACAGCUGAACUUCAUCAUAGCUCUAACAGAUUUACUAGAAACUUGAACCUUUCUAUGAGUUGGAUUUGCUUUUCCUUUCUGCAAGCCAAAAGUUUUGCCAGCUGGUGGCACAUAUCAUGACUACGUUUAACCAUUGAUUUAGCCCAGAACUCAGCAAGAGGGAUUUUUUUUAACCAAUAUCAUGGAGCAAAGAACAAGUUAAUAACACCUGGAGGUUCCCAGCUUCCUCUCUGGAUCGCUUUUUUAACUUUCAUCAGGAAAUGCAGGUAUCUCGGUUCUUUUAAGAUUAUGGAAAGAAAAGAAGAAUAAAUCUGUUAAUGGAUAC